AUGAGUGGUGUGUCCGUUGUACCGUACUCGUUGGCCCGAGAAACUGGGUCUGACUCGAAGCCUUCGAAAAAGCGCAAGAAACGCUCGAGCUCAGCAGAUGUAAGCUCUUCUAUGGCUGAUGCUGGGUGGGCCAAGGUAGACAUUGAGGAUGUACAGCUCGACGGAUUCCAGGAUGGCUGCGCUUUUGAAUUGGAGGAGCUUACGAGCUACCGCGUGGAGGCGACCGAGGAUGGUGGGAAGAUGCUGAUUGAAGACAGUACGAUCCAGCAGGAGCAAAGAGGUGGAAAGAAGAAGCGCAGGAAGCUGAAGACUACAAAAAAGCAGUUGGAGACGAAAAAGAAGGUUGACGUUCAUACUGAGACGAAGAAGGCGGCCAUCAAUCAGGAAGCAAGGAAAGUACAAGAGAAUAAGCAAGAAGAAGGAGAGAGAGCUUUGAAGAAGGGAAAGAAAAAGAAGAAACGAGGGGGCAAAGCGAACAAGAAGGAAAAACUAGUGGAGACGGUGGCGUUGAAAGACGUCAACUUGCCCAAGUGGAAAAAGUUUAAGCUGCAUCCGCUGUUACUGCAAUCGCUGCAGACUUGCGAAUAUAUAGCUCCUACGCGUAUUCAGGAGCGUACGUUGCUACCGGCGCUGGUUGACAACCGUGAUGUGGUGGGUGCGGCACCUACUGGUUCCGGUAAGACGCUGGCUUUUGGACUUCCAAUUUUGAGCCAGUUGCUGCAUGAGCGUGAGCAACCAGGAUAUACGAAGGAUUGCAAGGCGCUGAUUCUGACGCCGACGCGCGAACUUGCCAUUCAGAUCCAACAGCAUCUAGAAAAAAUGGUGCGUCAUCGCGAAAUUGGAGUGGUCACGUUGGUAGGUGGUAUGGCGAUGCAGAAGCAAAAGAGAAUCCUCAGCUACAGGCCUGAGAUUGUAAUCGGCACGCCAGGUCGUCUGUGGGAUAUCAUCCAGACCAGCCAUGAACAUAUGAAAGAUAUGGCAUCGACACUACGUUUUCUAGUCGUAGAUGAGGCAGACCGUAUGCUACAGCCUGGAUCAUACCCGGAGCUUGAAAACAUCUUCGAUGCGCUGCGUCGCAAAAGUAAUGCUGCGUCUUCAAAACUCUUGAAUCUAUCGGACAGUGAGAAGGAGGAUGAUGAGGAUAGUGACAAUGAAGAUGAAAUGGAAUUCAACGAUGAAGAAGACGAUGCAGGGGAUAUCGAUAUGGCUAAAUUUGCGAGCGGCCAAAGUGUUAUGAUGCUUGACGAUGUGCUCAAGAUGCAGCGUAAGCAGCAAGAUAAAGACAAGAAAAAUGCUGCUACCGAGGAAAACAGGGAGUCUAGUAAAGCCAAGGGUCAGCCUCAGGCUGAAGUGGCUUCUACACUACGCCACGUACGUCAGACGUUCCUGUUUUCAGCUACGCUAACGAUCCCUGAGGGGGGCCGCUUUCAGAAGAGUAAUACCAAAAAGCACCACAAUGCAUUGAGCGUUCUGGAGCGAGUCAUGAAGCGAGUUGGUCUCCGUGGGAAGCCAGCAGUCGUCGAUCUCGGCAUUGCGGAAGUUGACUUGGGCAUCCCUGGCGCAAAGCCGAUUGUGUCCGAAGAAGUCGAACGGAAGCUGAAAAAGAAGCAGGAGAAUGUGGCAUUGUCGUUGCCUGCAGGUCUGGAGCUUUGCCAGCACGAAGUGACAGAGUCAACGCGAGACAACUUCUUGUACUACUUCCUCACACAGUACCCAGGUCGCACCAUUAUUUUCUUGAAUGCUAUUCACCAGGUACGGAAACUUACUAGCCUGUUGAGCCUGUUGGAUCUCCCAGUGUUUGCCUUACACGCUGAAAUGCAACAACGCCAGCGAUUGAAAAAGCUGGAUGGCUUUCGUGCGCACCCAAAGGGUAUUUUAGUGGCGACUGACGUUGCUGCUCGUGGGCUGGAUAUCCCUAGCGUGGAGUAUGUCGUGCAUUAUCAUAUUGCAUGUUCUACGGAGAUUUUUGUCCACCGCAGUGGUCGUACUGCCCGUGCUAACAAGGAAGGUCUCAGUAUUGCUCUGGUAUCGCCCACUGACGCCAAAAACCACGCACAAAUCUGCAAAAUGUUGCAGCGACCGACUGGGCUGUCAGAUUUCCCAUUCGACCAUCGGUAUAUGGAAGCAAUUGACGAGCGCAUGCGUCUUGUCAGGAGCAUUAACGAGCAGGAGAAUGCUGCGGGCAAACUAAAGUCGGAAGUGACGUGGUUUGAACAGAUGGCUGCGGCCGCCGACUUGGAUCUGGAUGACGAUUUGUUGUUUGAAUUGGGUGCAAAGCAGCGGAACGAAGAAGGCAAGAAGAAGAUCACACAAAACCAGUCGAUACAAUCGCUCCGUGUUCAGCUCAAGCGGUUGCUCGCAAGGCCGCUGCGUCCCGUGGGUUCUGCUCGUAAAUUUCGUCAGCUACAUAAGGAGCUUGGUUCUCAGCUCACUGGUGACGGCGAAUACCGAGCUCGUGAUGCAAGCGAGGACCUCGCAGUAAAGGGCAAGAAGGCGUUUAAGCGCUUCCGCCAAAGAAAAUAG